AUGAGCAAUUUGACAAAUCAAGGUGCUGAUGAUUUGACAGAUUAUGAUCUUUUGUUAUACUUUAGAAAUAAAUGGAAUGACUGGAAGUUCUCCGCAAAAAUCGAUUGUUUAAAAGUUAAAGAUGCCACAGUCGUUCUUGGUUCUGUCUCACUUCCAGAGUUUGGAACUUACUUGGAAUCUCAAUAUCCUGCUAGUAUUCUUGUUUCAGAAGAGAAAUAG